AUGGUGUGUGUCACGGGAAUAUUGCUCUGGUGUUUUUACUGUUGUAUUUUGGUGUGUUGUACAGGCUGGUUUGCAAAACCUACAGACAAGAAGACAUCUGUGAGUCCUCAUGAGGACAUGAAGGCGGCAUUUAUGGCUGAAAUGAAAGCUGAAAACAUCAAGCAGUUUCUUUACAAUUUUACACGGCUUCCUCACCUAGCAGGAACAAAGGAGAAUCUGCAUCUGGCACAGCAAGUCCAAGCUGAAUGGAAGGAGUUUGGUUUGGAUUCUGUUCAGUUGGUUCAUUAUGAUGUCUUGCUCUCUUACCCUGAUGACACUAAGCCCAACUACAUCUCAAUAAUUGAUGAGCAUGGAAAUGAGAUUUUCAACACAUCAUUAUCUGAGCCUCCUCCUCCAGGAUAUGAGGCUGUUAGAGAUGUGGUGCCACCCUACAAUGCGUUUUCAGCCCAAGGAAUGCCUGAGGGUGAGUUAGUGUAUGUGAAUUAUGGCCGCACCGAGGACUUUUUUAAGCUAGAACGUGAAAUGGGAAUUAACUGUACAGGAAAGAUUGUUAUUGCCAGAUAUGGGAAGAUCUUCAGAGGAUAUAAGGUGAAGAAUGCUGAAUUGGCAGGUGCGAAGGGAGUUAUUCUGUACUCUGACCCUGCUGACUACUGCGCCUUGGGAACAGAUCCAUAUCCAAAUGGCUGGAACCUUCCAGGUGGAGGAGCCCAGCGUGGAAAUGUAUUAAACCUGAAUGGGGCAGGGGAUCCUCUGACACCAGGUUAUCCUGCAAAAGAAUACACCUACCGAUUAGACAAAGCCAGUGGUGUAGGUCUCCCAAAAAUUCCAGUUCAUCCCAUUGGCUAUCAUGAUGCUGAGUCACUACUGCGUAAUAUGGGAGGAUAUGCACCACCACAUAGCAGCUGGAAAGGAAAUUUGAAUGUGUCUUACAACGUUGGUCCUGGUUUCACAACAAAUUAUUCUACAAGAAAGGUGAAAAUGCACAUUCAUAGCCACAACGAAAUAACAAGGAUUUACAAUGUGAUUGGUACCAUCAGAGGCACAGUGGAACCAGACAGAUAUGUCAUCCUGGGAGGCCACCGCGACUCAUGGGUAUUUGGUGGCAUUGAUCCUCAGAGUGGGGCAGCUGUGGUUCACGAGAUUGUGAGGAGCUUUGGAAAACUGAGAAGGAAAGGAUGGAGGCCAAGGAGAACAGUGAUAUUUGCAAGCUGGGAUGCAGAGGAAUUUGGCUUGUUAGGAUCGACAGAGUGGGCUGAGGAAAAUGCUAAAGUAUUGCAAGCACGAGGAGUGGCUUACAUCAAUGCAGAUUCCUCCAUCGAAGGAAACUACACCCUACGAGUGGAUUGCACACCACUGAUGUACAGACUGGUGUACAGUCUGACUAAAGAGAUACCAAGUCCUGAUGAGGGGUUUGAAGGAAAAUCUCUGUAUGAGAGCUGGUAUAAAAAAAAUCCAUCAAGAGAAUAUAAAGAGGUUCCCAGAAUAAAUAAACUGGGUUCUGGCAAUGACUUUGAAGUCUUUUUUCAACGUCUUGGCAUUGCUUCAGGCAGAGCACGUUACAGUAAAAAUUGGAAUGUAGAAAAAUAUAGCAGCUAUCCAGUUUACCACAGUGUCUAUGAAACCUAUGAAAUUGUGGAGAGGUUUUAUGAUCCCACUUUCAAGAAUCAUCUGACAGUAGCUCAGGUACGGGGAGGGCUGGUGUUUGAAUUGGCCAACUCCAUUGUGCUUCCUUUUGACUGUAGAGAUUAUGCAUCAGCUGUGAGCAACUAUGCUCACAUCAUCUAUAAUUUGUCAAGGAAUCAUGAAGAGGAACUGGCAACAUACAAUGUAUCCUUUGAUGCUCUCUUUUCAGCUGUGAAGAAUUUUACAGAAGUUGCUGCUAGCUUUCAUGAGAGACUGCAACAAGUAGAUAUCAAUAACCUAAUUGCUGUCAGAUCACUAAAUGAUCAGCUCAUGUUUCUAGAAAGGGCUUUCAUUGAUCCUCUUGGAUUACCUGGCAGGCCAUUCUAUAGACAUGUCAUCUUUGCUCCAAGCAGCCAUAACAAGUAUGCAGGAGAAUCAUUCCCAGGGAUCUAUGAUGCCAUGUUUGACAUUAAAAACAAAGCUGAUCAACAUGAAGCCUGGGAAGAAGUUAAGAGGCAGAUUUCCAUUGCAGCCUUUACUGUGCAGGCAGCAGCAGGGACGCUGAAAGAAGUAGCAUAAAUAUUAACAACAUAAUCAUCAACGAAGACUACGUAUGACAGUUUGCAGAAGCCUUAAAAACAGAGCAUUUAAAAACACUAGGAGGAUUAUUACAAAGAACACAAAAUCCAAAAAAUCUUUUUCUUUGCAAAUAAUGUACCCAAGGGGAAUGCAUUUAGCAAUGUUAACAAGGUAAUGUACUCCAUUCGGAGAGCUCAGG